GAACCAAAGACUGAUAAAGAUGAAGAAAACUGCCGUCGUAUUAAUGAAGUUCUGAACAAUCCACCAACUCCUGGUUCUCAGAGAAGUGGGGGAGGCACACCAGAUGGAGACUUGCAAAGUUUGCUGAACAACAUGUCUCAACAGCAGCUAAUGCAGCUCUUCGGUGGAGUUGGACAAAUAGGUGGCCUGUCAAGUUUGUUGGGCACCAUGGGUAGACGUGGACCGUCAUCUGGUACCCAGGGUAGCUCUCGCUCAGGCACAACUACCUCCACUACUAGUUCAGCUAGUGCCACAACUGGGAGUACAACCACUACAAGCAGUUCUGCUCCUGCUGUUACUACAACUACGGCAGCCCAACCUGCAGUCUCAACAGCAGGAAAGGAAACCUCAGAGAAACCUGCUACAGCAGUUAAUCCUCCAGCAAUUCAGCUCAGUGAUCUUCAGAACUUCUUAUCUGGUCUCAAUGUCCCUACUCCUGAAACUACUACUCAGAGAACAGUGGAUCUGGCAUCGACAAUCACAUCUGAAAACCUGCAGACGUUGUUGAGAAAUACAGAAUUGGUGACAGAAUUACUGCAGCAUGUGCCAUCAGUUGAAGAUUCUUCAUCUACUGUGCCUCCAUCUGAACAACUUCGUUCAACCCUUGCAUCACCUCAGUUCCAGCAGGCUCUUAGUAUGUUCAGUGCAGCAUUACAGUCAGGACAACUUGGGCCUGUUGUGCAGCAAUUUGAAGUAGGCCCAGAGGCAGUAGAUGCUGCUAAUCAGGGUAAUAUGGAAGAGUUCGUGAAAGCGUUACAGAAGGCGUCUAUAAGCAAAGAUGAGUCAUCAGCUCAAGGCACGACCCAUGCACCCAAGGAAGAGGAAAAGAAACAGCCAGGAGGUGAUGAGAAACGAAAGAAAACUGAUGGUGGUUCUGGUGGUAGUGAUAAAAAGGACGAUGACGACGAGGAGUGGAUGACUACUGAUUAGCAGCAGAAUUUUAGAGGUUUAUUUAAGAAGUUCAUAUGUCUAAUUUUGAUAAUGUUGGAAUAAUGUGAUAAGUAUCUGUUGGUUCUGAUUGGAGCAUUAUUGCCAAAAACUUGUUACAAGAGCCCCGUGAAAAUGGUUUGUCAUGGAAAUACAGUGUUACAACAUUCUCUGAGGUAGUGAGGUGUGUAGAAUGGAAAGACCUAGCACAGGCAAAUUCACAGGCUUGAUUUUAAUCAUGAGAGGUUUGCAGUACUUAUGCAGGUAAAGAAUAGCUUAUGUAGUUAAAGAUCAACACUGAAGGAACUGUUGAAAUUUUCAUGAGCGUGACCUAAGCAUCUCAUUAUCAGCACAAAUAAGUCAAUCUGUAAUGAAAAUGAAGAGAAAUUGGAAAACUUGAGUGGAGCAUGUCGAAGCUCUCAUUUCCUUUUUCAAGUUGUGAGUUUGUCUGUGCACCGAUAAAUUGCCUUUCACAAAUACUUUAGUGUUUCUUCACUUAUAAUAGAUUUGUUAAAUCUAUACUGAGACUAUAAAAUAGAUAAUCAAAAUUCAAAUUAUAAAUUAGAUGAUUAGGUAAAUGCAUUUUGUUGUCAAAAGGAGGAAUCAUUGAGCAGAAUGAGUGGACGAACAUGUACAAUAGCUCACAUUUUAUUAUAAAAAUGCCUUUUGCUGCAAAUGAGGACAACAUACUUUUCAUCUCAGCUGUUGAGCUCUUAAUACUUAGUGAGGUAGCGAUAUAACAUAUUAGUAUGUUUCACAUUUGCAGUGACAACAUGUAGUGAAAUUAUGAAGUGAACCACUUUAAAACUAUAGCAGCAAAUCAUUUUGAUGAACAAGAAAAUCAUUUUCGGUGGUUUCAAGAAGUGUUAAAUCUACCAUUAGUAAAGACUAACCACAUUAUUUAUGAUCACAGUGUGCUCAGCCUUAAAAAAUGUACCUUGUUAUGCGAGUGUUCCUAUUUAUAGUUCACACUGUUAAGCUCAUUUAUGGUCUCAGCUGCAUCAAGAAAAGGCUUAUUUUUUUACCUUCUGGAAAUACAUAUAAUUUUUUGUUAAUGAAGCACUUUGAAAUAUGCCCUUGUUGCAGAUGAACAUUUUGUGAAGCUAAUAACUUUUUGGGUGUAUUUGUGCCAGUGUUUGCACAUUCAUGGAAUUUCCUGCUACUACUAAAUGCUGACAGUGAUUUUUUUUCAAUAAUCAGUUUUAGUAGGUUUAGUGUGAUUUAUAUUAAAUACAAACAGUUGAUUGUAUAAUACAUUGUGUUGCAAUUUCC